AAAAAUUCAAAACAAACGGUGUGUCAAAAUGGGUUCGAGGAUUUUACAAUUUAAUUAAAUCAUGUAUUUCUAAGCAAAUAAACUAUUAUUAAAACCUUGAUUGGUUGUAAUUAAAGAUGGGUGGACUGUUGAUACUUAUUAUUGUAAUUUGUGUGGUGUUCUUUACGCUAUCAUGGAUUCUUCCAAUGAUAAUUUCAUGGCAUUUCGAAAAGAAAUACCAAGUAGCUUUGAAAAUAGGAAGAAUAGGGUUACCAUACCUGAAACUAUGUGAUAUAAACUUAUCCAAAAAUGGUUUUACAAUACAUAUAGAUGAAAUCGGUGUAAAAAGUAGCUUUUUAAAUUCGGAUUUAACAAAACUAGUCACUUUAAUGGUUAAAGAUGUUCGUAUUAAUAAGGAUUUAAGUACAAAAAAAGUGGAAGAAAUAUCUACUAACGAUAAAAUAAUAGAUUUUAGGGAGAAACAAGUACCUCACUUUAUCAAUAGUUUUGCACAAUUCAUGGCUGUGCACGUUUAUAACAUAUCAGCAAUAUUGCUCCGAUCAGAAACACCAGGGUGUCUUGUACAUGCCACAGCAACUGAACUACAUCUGGACGGGAGCAUUUUAAAAAACGCCAAAUCUUUAUUGGUAACACUAAACCUCAUGGAGGCGGAAAUAAAGGUUCUUAGACAUGCGGAACAGCUAGUGAAAGAAGCUCGUUUAGCAGAAUUUAGCUUUGGGAUAUCAUUAGAGACAAUUUUGGUUGCUCAAGGACCACUAUCUGUUGAGAAACUACAUGUGAAGAUGUCUCAAAGUAGUGCAAUCAUCAACGGGGCUUUUUAUAACAUAGCUCAUAAUUCUAAGAGGACAGGAACUGACAAGGACCCGAUUUGUAAUAAUUCAUGUCCUGAAGAUGAUAUUUUUAGAAGAAUACAACCAAUUAUUCCAAAGAAUUGUUCUUUAUACAUCGACGAUACUUGCUUGACUGGUGUCAAAGAUAACGGACAAAUCGAAUAUAAUUCAUCCCUUAAAAAUUUAGCUCUGAAUUAUCGAUCGAUGUUUCCAGAAAACGGUAUAAACGACAGUUCUUCCGUGCUUUUUAACUUUUACAUGGCAGAUUUGCUACUGUUGAACAGUAGAGAGAAACUUUUGGAAAUGAAACAUCUCAAUGUUGACGCAAAGCUGAGAGAAUACAUCCUGAACGUCUACUUACAGCAAAACAGCCUUUUGCUAACGUACGACCACAAUACGAUCCACAAAUGGGUAUGCACGAAUUUCCCGCAAAGCAAACCUAGAAACCAAUCGAUGAAUCUACGUCAUUCGGAAAAAGUUGAAAAAGACGAUACCAGAUUGAUCAUAAAGCAAAGUACGGUUUUUGAAAAAAUUAUAGAAAAACUGUGCAUCAAUUUUUGCGCCGAAUUUACCCAAAUGUUGGCUAUGGUCCGAUUGAAGGACCAGAACUCUUCGAUCGGAUUUAACAAGGUUAGGUUCAUGUUGGAUCAAUCGCAGGAGACCAGAGGAGCAUUUUGCAAAACGUAUCUUCCAAACCUGCUUCUCCAAAAUCGACAUUGGACAGUAGACUUUCUGGUGGAAUCGUUAUGGUGGUCGUUCAAAGAAUGGUCCCAGGACACCAACAUGUCCAAAGUGAUGCAUAUUUGGGGCACACCGUUGUACCUCGGCAUGGGCAUAGUCAAAUUUACUACCGCUCUAAAUCAGGAGAUCAAAAUGGAAUCGCUGUUGGACAUUGUUCAAUUGGAAUGGUCGCUGGAUUUGGCCGAUUAUGUCCUAUUGGCUUUAAGAUGUUUCAAGCAGUACGGUCAAAUUAAAUUAAAAUUGCCAGUUCCUAGGAAGGAAGUGAGCGAGCAAGAUGUUCAAAAAUUGUCUAUGCAUCUGGUGGUUACACAUUUUAACUUUUUCUUGCAGUCGCAGAAUAGAGAAUAUUUUGUGACCCGUUUGAACACCAUCAGCCUGGACAAGAGCCCGACCUCGAUCAACGUCAAAUUCGAGGAAUUCAAAAUGUUCAGUUUGAACAACAACGGCGACUACUAUACCUGCAUCAGAACCGAAGACAUAUCCAACUACAAGGCCUUCGUGAAAACCACUUGCUUGGAAAUGAGGGAAAACAAGGCAGUGACUCUGACGCUUUUGGAUAACGUCGUCACCUACUGGUCGACGAAUUUCCACAUGAAGAGCCUGUUACUGUUCAGAGAUAUGAGGGACUUCGCUUGCGGAGUCGCGGAAGAACUGGGCAUUGAAAGUUUGGAGAAAAAGAGCAAGGAGAAGUACGUGAGCAAUUUGAACGUGUUUGGAAAGUUUGAGUUUCACAUUGAUAUCGGUCCCGAUCACAAAGCUAAAAUAUCUUUAGACGAACUAAUACUGACUAAAAAACUGGAAGACUCCAAACACCCGUCAGACAUCUACCUAAACACCUCAUUGGUCAUUUCCAUCGACGACGCCGAGAUAUUCACGAUCAAAGGCAUCAAUUUUCGCCCGAUAAAAUCCCACCCGAUCAUCGCAGCAGAACGCUCAGACGUCGACAGCUUCGUCGUGCCGUUCAACAAGACUUGGGGAUUAAACAUCGAUCUCUUCAAGGCCGUCUUCCCUUACGAACACAACUUCGCCGAAGCCUAUCAAAACCAAUUCGUCUCCGUCUUUAAAUGGUUGAAAAUCGUGCAUAACCUCAAAACGGAUCGGUCCUUAGAACGACCGCUGCCCAGCGAUUUGCUUAUUAACGUCAAGGAGUUUCUGUUCGAAAUGAGCGACGAUCCGUACGAGGUGAAGUUGCGUGAUAAUUUCGAAUUACUGGAAGACGAGUAUAACGAGAGCUUGAAGAGGCAAAAAAUGCUUAAAGAUAAGAUCGCAGACUUGUUGAAAACGCAUUUGCACAUGCCCGCCGGCAAGGUGGAAGAGUUGUACGCCACAUUGAAGAAGAAAAACGCCGAAAUUUACAUUCAGAGAUCGAAAUUGAUGUACAAAGCGUCUCCGCCUCGAACGAGACUGUUCGCUUGGAGUAUGACGAACGUGGAAAUACUUAUCAUGGCCGAUCCGACGAUACACGGUAACGAAAACGUGAUCAAAACGAUGAGGGAAAUCGACUACGACACGCCCUGGCCGGAACCCGAAGAACAAAUGGAUUUUUCCACUUUGUGGUGUCGCGUGGUGUCUUUCAGAUGCGCCGAAUGGAAAUUCAUGUUGAGAGAUUUUCCGCAACCGUUGAUGAACAUCCGAAAGUGUUAUAUUUGCGGACAGCUCGUAGGUGCCGAGCAAGUUGCUCCAAAAAGAGCUAUUCGCACAGUGGUGGUACAAUUAGGGGAGCCUUUCGAACCGUACGUCAUCGAAAGGGGCAUGUUGCCUUUAAAAUACUACCACGAUUUUAACUGCGAAAUCGAGUCAUUCAGCUACGCCUUUGGACCAUGUUGGGAACCUGUAAUCGCCCAGUGUAAUCUGAAUUUCAACCAAAUUUCUGCCCCAUCGAGAGAUCCAUCACCUCCUCUGUCAUUCUGGGAUAAAAUGAGGCUGUUACUGCAUGGCAGGCUUACCAUGGUGGUACAGCAACUGACAGUUUUGCUACACGGGUCUUUAGAUCCAUAUAACACCACCGAAGAAAUGGCAUUGACUUGGGAAAAAGUGGUAAUGGAUUGGACUAAUGCAAAAUUUGUGUACAAAGGCGAUUUGAACGUUUACGUCAGAACGGCUUCUAAAUACGACGAUGUCCAGCUAUUAAAAUUACCUAAUUUAAAAUUAAUUUUGGGCAUACAAUGGGUUUGCCUCGGCAAUCCGAAUGAUCAUCACAGCGUCGUACAAUGCGCACCAGAUAAAGUACCCGAAUAUUCUAGCAAUCAGGUACACGACUCUUUCAGGGCGUUCCGAUCCCAGAACGUCAACCUCAGCAUAGUUUUAGAAACGCGUCCGGUACCGAACGAGCCCAACAGCUGCCCGAUUUUGCUUCUGUACGGCAGCACGUUGAGGUGGAUCGAAAGCUUGAAGAUGAUAUUGUCGGGCGUUACUCGACCCACAAAAAGAGGUCGAAUAUUCAAUAAUCUUAGACCUAGGAAGACGCAGCUCAGUCGACAUUACAAAAAGAUUCAUUUAUUGAUGGGUUUGCAUAAAUUCCAAGUAUGUUAUUGGAUGUCGUUUGCCAUGCAAAGGGGUUGUGAGUUAUAUGGUGGUCGAUUGUCAUCAAGUGCUGAGCACACCUUAUCGCUGAUAGCGAUCGACGAUGGGCUGAAGCAUCGCCCGAAAGCGGAAUGGUCGGUGGUAUACAUGAAUUCCGAACUAAACGAUUUCGAAAUAUGGCUGAAAAGCGCUUUGCACGACGAAAUGGAAAUAGAACUACCGACGCCUCGACAACCGGUCGAAAAAUGUUACUGUCUAUCGGUGGCCAAAGUGUCCUACGGCAGAGAGACGGUGGUGCACGGUCAAGAACGGAACAAAGACGUUCCGACGCAUCGAUUGGUGGUGUACGAUUUGAAGGGGGCGUGGACGAACAGUAACAGGAACGUCGCUUUCGCUUUGUUCGACACUUUUAUGAAAACUAUGAGGAUGAAAAAAAAUCUGUCUACCGACGCCUUAAAAGGUUUCAGAAAGGAUAACAGCACAACUCCUUUGAAGAGAAGGAACACAGACGCGUCCAAUACCCCUCCCAAUAAUUCUAUUCAAACCAUUCAGUCAGCUACGGCUGUCCAGGAUACACCGUCGCCGAUCAGCAAAUUACAAUCGGGUCAUGCGGCUAAUAUGUUACAGCAACUUAUAGCUGAAGCUGAUAAUAAUUCCGUAGUUUACAGCGACGAUUUAUCCGCGACGUCCAGACAGCAACACUUGCAAGGACUGCAAGCCUGCCAACAAGACGAUAUCCUCCACAAAAAUUGGCAGAUCACUUUGGUCAACGGGCAGGUGUUACUAAAAGGUUGCGAAACCAAAGGUUAUGUGAUAAUGAGCGCAGCUAAAGCCGAGAUCGUUCAAAGGAUACACAGACCAGCUUGGAAAGAUCGAACGUUGGUGUCCAAAACUACUUGGGUAGGAACGUUAGAAUGUAUGCAGUACUACGCCACCGUGAACGCGGGCGAAAACGACACGGCCGACGAGAAUAUUAUGUGGCUGACGGUUGAUAACAUUCAAGAAAAGGAAUCUGCCGAGAUUUCGGAACCGUGCGAGGUUCCGAAUUUGGUAGGCAGUGGCGUUUCAGUGGGGGCUGUAGUUAGCGAUACCGUAGGACCUAGUGCUUCGAGACAGUUACAAAGGAUCGUUUCUCGUUGCAAAUGUGAAUUUUUCUACGCCGAUUACGGUGAUAUCAGCGUCGAUCCCGAAGGAAUUGGAGAAAUUCCACCGCCGCCACAAGAAGAGGUGGGACCGUGGGAAAGCAGGCAGUCUGCUGUGGACGCUUUCACUCUUAUGCACUACGACCUUGAUGUUUGCACGAAUUCAUUGCAGUACGCGAUGUUAUUGGACGUGGUGAACAAUCUUCUGCUCUAUGUGGAACCUCAUAGGAAGGAAGCUUUGGAAAAAUUGGCACGUAUGAGGUUUAAAUUGCAGUUGCACAGCGUCGAAGAUCAAAGAAAGCCCAUACAGAAUCAACAAACUUUAGUCAGAAGUACUCAAAGUAAAUUGAGGAGGUUGGAAAAAGAGACGUACUUGGUUAACAAGGCGUUAGAAGAAACCCCGGACGAUAUCGAAUUGAGGCAGGAAUCCGACAGGCUCGAGAGAUCGAUGUACGAAUGCAAGAAUCAAUUGACAGCACAAAGCGAAGAGCUAGAUAUGAUGUUGUCGUGUUUUAAGGAAACGCAGUUACUGGCUAACGCUCGUUUAGCGACGACGCGAAGCGACAAACCGUUGACGGUCGUCAGGGCUAACGAGAUUUGUUUCAAGCACGCGCAAUGGCGGUUAACGGAAGCCGACGGGCAGAUUGGUAUAGCAGAUUUGGUGCUCAGCAGCUUUUUGUAUACAAAGAAUUCUAAAAGUGACGAUUCUGUUGAACAUUUAAUGGAACUCGCUUAUUUAAGAAUGACGAAUCUGUUACCCAACGAAAUUUACAAAGAAGUCCUUUGUCCCACGGAAAUACAAUUCGACAUGCCCAUAGAACACAAGAAAGUACUAAGGAUAUUUUGCAGAGAAAAACCUCCUGUUGGUGGAAUUUCAGUCAAAGAGAUAUUCGAAAUAAAUUUAGUUCCUUUAACCAUAGGCCUGACGAAGAAAUUUUACAUCACGAUGAUGAAAUUCUGUUUUCCCGAGAGAGAAACGGAAAAUAACGAUUUCAACGAUAGAGCUAGCGAAGACGGUGAAUUGGAACAGAAGGGAAAGAAAACCAGAGGCAGAAGAAAUCGCGAUUCAAAUUUUUACGUUCACAUCGACGAUGUUGAGAAGAUGAAAGAAAGGGCCGAAAAGAACAAACUGUUCGUUUAUAUUAAAAUUCCGGAGGUGCCGGUGAAGUUGAGCUACAAAGGAACGAAGGAAAAAAAUUUGGAAGAUCUCAGAGAUUAUUCCUUGAUUAUUCCGACUUUAGAGUAUCAUAAUAUGACGUGGACGUGGUUAGAUAUGCUGAUGGCGAUUAGAAAUGACAGCAAGCGCGUCAUUCUGUCACAGGCUAUUAAGCAAAAGUUACAACUUAAAAGAAAUACAGGAUCUGCAGAUGAAAGUUCGGUUCCUCAAGAAGAAGAUAAAGCUAGAAUGUUGUUUGGUACCCGACACGCGCCGGAAAAUAGAAGCAUGAGAAAAGGAGUUUUCCGUUUCAACAAAUGACGAAUAAGCAAGAGGUUAUAAAAUUUCUGGCAACCUUGGAACGUGUGGCGGUGACGGCGUUACUAAUGUGAUUAAUAGAAAAGUGAUACAACUGGUUGCAAGAAUGUAUCAGCCUGAUAAACUUUGAAAGAUGAUUUUAGACAGGGGCGGCUCCAGGAGUGAAAAUUAUUACGAUUUAUGGGCCUUUUAUUCAAAAAAAUAUGUUAAGAAGGGAAUGGCUAGUCAAUGUCCCCCCCUCCCGAAAAUUCGUCUUGGAGCCGCCUUUGUUUUUAGAUGAAUAAUUUGAAAUUAAUGUCUUUCAAACAGAUCACAUUUUCAAGUUCUGUCAAAAUUUAUCAGACUCGUAAAUUUUAAUAGGUACUUUAGCAACCGGGUGAUAGUAUUUUAUUUAUAUACAGAGAGGUAUAUCAAACCAAAAAAAUGAAAGUAUUAUUUAUUUUUUAA